AUGAUGAUGACGUCAGAUAAGUUUGUGGUGCAUAAAUUCGGCGGCACGUCUGUGGGCAGCGCCGACUGCUUCGCCAAGGUCGCAGAUAUUGUAUGCGAUCUCGAAGCUCCGCGCGUAGCAGUAGUUGUGUCAGCCAUUGGCGGAAAGCCCAAGGUCACGGAUCUACUGAUCUCGUUGCUUCAGCUGGCCAAACAGCGGCGUACUGCUGAAUGCGACGAGAUUUUAGCCACGCUUAGGAAAAAACAUCAUGAUGUGGUAAGUACACUACUGACUCCAGAGGUUGGCGAGCCUAUUGAGAAGACCAUUGAACGUGACCUCCAGUCCGUAUCAGAGCUGCUACGUUCGAUCUCCAUUAUGCAGACGUAUAAUGAUAACGUGGUGGAAUUUAUUUCAGGCCAUGGUGAAAUUUGGUCAGCUAAGAUCCUUGCAGCUGUCCUGAGCCAGAAGAUGGCAAAAAUCGGAUCUAAGAAAGGCUUUUGUUUUGUAGACGCUCGAGACUUUUUAACGGUCGAGCUAGACAACGAGCACGGUCCAGUCGUGCAGUACGAUUUAUCUGAGCAAAAGAUAAAUACAAUCUUACGGAAAGGAGAAAACGACGAGCUGACACAGGUUGUCAUUACCGGUUUCAUUUGUAGCACCAUUGAUGGCGUCAUGACCACGCUCAAGCGUGACGGCAGUGACUUCACAGCCUCUAUCUGCGGUCGCGUGUUGCACGCUAGAAGCGUCACUAUCUGGACAGAUGUGAGCGGUGUACUAAGCGCGGAUCCACGACGUGUACCGGAUUCGAAGAUUCUACCCGAACUUUCUUAUCAAGAAGCUAUGGAGCUAGCGUACUUUGGUGCCAAAGUCAUUCAUCCAAAGACCAUGACGCCUGCUAUUGUUGAGGAUAUUCCCAUAUACAUUCGGAACACUUUUGAACCCAAGCAUCCAGGCACGAAGAUUUACGAUCGCAAAAAAGUCGAACUUACGCGCACUAUGUCAAAUGGCUCUCCUACUGCACGCAACAUUGUGAGCGGAUUCUCAACAGUUGAUGACCUAGCAUUAUUCAAUAUUGAAGGCAGUGGAAUGGUAGGGGUACAUGGUACAUCAUCUCGAUUAUUCAGUGCAUUGGACCGCGUCAAAGUUAAUGUAGUGCUUAUUGCACAAGCCAGUUCCGAGCACUCGAUCUGCUUUGCUGUACCCUUAAACUGUGCUGAGGUCGCUAAAGACGUUAUUCAUGAGACGUUUUUCAAGGAGAUUCACGUGGGACACAUUGAUAAGACAGAAUACAUUGCACCCAUCAGUAUCAUUGCUGCUGUGGGAGAUCUAAUGAGCCAAACCCCUGGUGUCUGCGCCCGAUUUUUCGGUGCUCUUGGUCGUGCAAAGAUCAACGUGCUGGCUAUUUCACAAGGAUCGUCCGAGCGGAAUAUAUCAGCUGUCGUACACUACAAAGAUUCGGCUUCUGCGUUGCGCGCUGUGCACUCAUCCUUCUUCUUGUCGGACCAAACGCUUUCGAUCGGAUUAGUUGGUCUUGAAUUUGAAGAAAAUGAAGACAAUAGCAUCGGGUUAGCACUGAUAAAGCAAUACCAUCAGCAACGCAACUACCUAAAGCAGCGCUUUAACGUGGACAUUCGUGUACGAGCUAUUGGCACUCACAUGUCUGCGCUAAUGUUGCUGGAUACUGAUGGUGAUAUUACUGAAGAAGCCUUGAUCGCUCGAAAACACGAAUUUGUACCAUUCGACCGAGAUCAAUUCUUGGACCACGUGUGCGCCGACCACUUGCCUCAUUGGCUGAUUGUCGACGUAUCCAAUAGCUCCCACCAUGUGAAAGAUCUAUAUCCCCAAUGGCUAGCGCGUAAGGUUCAUGUUAUGACUUCCAACAUCAACGUGUCAUCGGUCUCGAAAGAGCAGCACAGUACACUGCAAAAGCUGGCAAUCCAGAAUAAAUUGACGUAUGAUCCAGAGGCGACACUAGCGAUUGGUGUCCCCAUUUUCAAUACUCUUCAGAAUUUCAUUCAAACGGGAGAUGACAUUCAGCGGGUCGAGUAUUCGGGAAGUCGAUUUUUACACGCAAUAUUUGAAGCUGUGUUGGCUCAGUCCGAGCCGGCAGAGGCAGAUCUGGAAGUGAUUAUAAGGGAUCUCAUAAUGGAGUACAAGAAGACAUUUAGUGUGCGCGACAUUGUGGACGAUGUCAUGGGCGUAAGGAGCGCUAAAAAGGCUAUAAUGAUUGCUCGAGAGAUGGGUCACGAAACUGAACUGAAGGACGCUAACAUUCUUAGUCCAUGGGAACCCAGCGCUACAGUCGCUGGCAGCCAGGAUGAGGUUGGUGCUUGGAGCUACGAACAUCUUUUGCAGCAUCUUGUGAAAGCGAGCACGCCUUUAAAACAGCUGAUUGCAAAGGCUCUGAAAGAUCCGAAGCAGGCUUUACAGUUGCGGCAGGUGUCGUAUAUUGACGCUGGAACAGGCAAAAUUUUGGUGCGAGUCGAGGCUCUUCCAUCUACUCACUCGUUUGCCUCACUUAAGUGUCGUCAAGGUGGCUUCGCUUUCUACACGCUGCGUCAUUCGCUUCAUCCCGUAGUGGUCACAGGUCCUAUAGCAGAUUGCUCGAUUACGGCAGGGUCACUAUUUGGUAGCACCUUGUUCCUUGCGCGAAAUUGCGGCGCACGCGCCCAUCAUUGCGGUCCCGAGUAUAACAAAUAG